AACAAAAAAAUUUACUCUUUAGUAUUAAUUAAUUUGGUGUGUGUUCGAAUUUGAAUUUCAGAGAGAUCCCCAACUCGUCUCCGGCCUUCUCUGAUCUCUCGUUUUACCCCAUUUUCUAGCCCAAAGAUAUAUCUCUACACCUUCUUCACAAUUUACCUCCCAAAAAUUCUGCUAAAACCCUAGUCGCCCCCUCACGCGGCGCUGAUCGACGGCGACGAUGACGGCGGCGCCACCACCACCGACCGGCCGCGAGCUGUUGAACCCUCCCUCCGACGGCAUUUCGAACCUCCGUUUCUCGAACCACAGCGACCACCUACUCGUUUCUUCUUGGGACAAGAGUGUUCGAUUGUAUGACGCGAGUGCCAAUGCGCUGAAGGGAGAGUUUAUGCACGGAGGAGGCGUGCUUGAUUGCUGUUUUCACGACGACUCAUCGGGGUUUAGUGCCUCUGUUGAUCACACUGUUAGAAGGCUUGUGUUCAACUACAAUAGGGAGGAUAUUCUAGGGAAGCACGAUGCACCUGUUCGUUGCAUUGAAUACUCACACGCAACCGGCCAAGUUAUCACGGGUAGUUGGGAUAAAACCAUAAAGUGUUGGGACCCAAGAGGUGUAAGCGGUCAAGAUCGAUCUCUUGUGGGCACUUACGCUCAGCCAGAACGUGUUUACUCAAUGUCCCUUGUUAGCAACCGAUUAGUGAUUGCAACUGCUGGAAGACAUGUGAAUGUUUAUGACCUUCGAAACAUGUCACAGCCCGAACAACGAAGGGAAUCGUCUUUGAAAUAUCAGACGAGAUGUGUCAGAUGUUACCCUAACGGGACAGGCUAUGCUCUGAGUAGCGUGGAAGGUAGGGUUGCUAUGGAAUUCUUUGAUCUCUCUGAAGUUGGUCAAUCAAAGAACUAUGGCACUUUUGCUACGGGAGGUUGCGAUGGCUAUGUGAACGUGUGGGAUGGAAACAACAAGAAGAGGCUAUACCAAUACGCUAAGUACCCAACAAGCAUUGCAGCUUUGUCGUUUAGCAGAGAUGGCAAGCUCUUAGCCGUUGCAUCAAGCUAUACAUAUGAAGAGGGAGAAAAACAACAUGAGCCAGAUGCCAUAUUUGUGCGGAGUGUGAAUGAAGUUGAGGUGAAACCGAAGCCGAAAGUGCUUCCGAAUCCUGCUGCAUGAACGAAUGGCCAUGACUUAGUACUACGUUUUUAUAUCCCUUUUGCUGGUUUUGCUCUUUUUCCUUGUUUGCCUAAAUUCAUUUUUGUGCGGGUUUGUGCUUUGCGUUGCAAAUUGUGGAGUCACGUUAUAUAAUCAUGUUCUCAUUGAUUAACACUAAAUGUUGGCACUUGGUAAAAUCUAUGGAUCUCUUGGAGUCAGAUUGAUAGAUGGUUUCAAGAGAUGAAUGAUUAAUAGUUUAUUUUGUGUUAGAACCUCUAAUCUGUCAUCUCAAAGGAAACAAGAAAGUUCAUAAAUGAGUAAACUUUAGUUACAAAAUUCUAUUUCAUGUACUGAAAUUGGACUAGUCGAGAUUCGAGUUAUGUAUAAAAAGUCUUGUAAAGCAAAGUUUCCAUGUGUGGUCACAAAUAUAUGACAAAUUUUUAGCCUCAAAUUUUGGAGUUAGGAACUUUACCUUGUAAGUUGGAACAUCGAACAUCAUCGUACGUGAGAUUUUCUAUACACUUUUAGAGUUUAAGGAUUCACUAAAAGCAAAAUUUGAAAUACGUGUUUUUUGUUUUGAGCUGAGCUAGUUCAACG